GUUAACUUCAAAUUGAUGUUUAUAUACUCUUACUAUACAAUGGUCGAGUUUACGAAGGUGGUUUUUUUAUUAACUUUUUGCACCGGAAUAAUGUCAAAAUUAAGCGAUUUCGAAUCCGGCAGUGAAUCGGCUUAUGUAUUGGACUCGAAUAGUGCGCAAGGAUUCGAAAAUGACGUUCCCUUGCACGAAAGCUACAGGCCGAAGCAUAAAUAUAAAGUAGGGACUGGGCACCAAGAAAUCGAGAAACGUUUUUUAGAUGCUAAUAAUACCAUUAAAGGAAUGCGAGACCCCCAGUGUGCCAUAAUGUACAAAGAUAACGAACCCGUAGGCAUACUGCAGCCCUUCGAGGAAUCUUAUAAAUUUUUACCAGUACAAGGAGAGUCUACGUAUGUAGAAAUCAAUCCGAUACCGGCGAAAAGAAGAACCGUCUUAGAUAUCCUUUAUCCCAACGAAUUUACAGAUGAUUACGACGAUGACAAAUUUUCGAAUAUCGCUAAAUUCGCCGAUGACAAAUACCCCUCAGUUUUCACUAAAUUCAAAAUAACUAACAGACUUGAUAAAAACGUCAAGGAAGUUACCAAAAAGAAGUCGAAUUUCAAGCGAGCUCUAUUAGACACAAUCGCCCCAGAUCCCAUUCAAAUAACUCUAAAAAACAACGAAGAACAAAACACCCUUGUUAAAGAAAACGCCGGAGUCGAAGAGAAAUUAAGAGGUAUUCUAGACGAUAUGGGUUUGAUAGACGAUUAUCCCAAUCAAGAAGUGAAAAGGGAAGUGGAAGACGAGAAUCUGGAGCUCGGCACUAAUAAAAUAAAUUUAGUUAAGGAAAACCGGCUCAAAAGGGAAAAUUACACGGAAAAUUCGAGAAUGAGUUCGGAAAGUGCGGUGACGAAUAAAAAGGUAAAAAGAUCCGAUAACAUACUCGAGUGCACGACUGUAGAAUUCAUCGGAACGCAUAACAUCGACGAUUAUGAGAAAAGAGUGGAACGAGAAAUACGCGACAGAAUACAACAGCUAAAAGAAGAAGUCAAAAAGGAAAUCAGCAACAUUACGAACAACGAAGAUGAAACGAAAAGAAAAAAGAGGCAAAUUAUCAAUACACUCAUGGACGAAGAAACCAACGAUAUUAAUCCCACAUACAACAUUGAGGACGUCGAAAAACCUCUUAUUCGCAGAAAGCGAAACACCGAUGACGGAAACGAAGUAAUUGAAGAAGAACCAGAUCAAUUCGAGCGAAACAAACUCGACACAAACUACUACGAUGACCAACGAGGUAAUGAAGAAACAGUAAACAAUAAGAUUAAUCAACCCAAAGGAAAAUACGAAUGCACAUGCGAUAGAAACGAUGCCGACUGUAAAUGCAACGAAAACAAUAUGAAUCGAAGAAUAAAUAACAAAGCGUCGUAUCCAAAACUGCUCAAUACGAAAAGAUCCAAGCAAAUAUGCAGCUGCGACAAAAACGGUCAACAUUGCAAAUGCGAGGACACGGUGAAAGAAACCAUACCUUCCAUGGCAGAAUAUUAUAACGAUUACAACGAAAACAACGACAUAAGCGCUUGGAACGACGACAAUCAAUAUUUAACAGAGAACGAUUACGAAACCGACUACAGAUUCGACAAAAGAGCGAUAAAACCCAGAAAAUUCGCCGUCAAUAAACCCCUAGAAAGCGGCGAGUUCUUCGUCGACUUCCGGCCGGACGCGUACAAUCUCUCACCUCUGGAAAAUUUCAGGAAAAAACGUGAGAAGCUCGGCCCCGCGCGGCUCGUUUCCUACAACGCAGACGGCAUGUCGCCCCAUUCGCGCUACAGACGGCGCAUCCUAAAAGAGGAAAACAACAUCUUACCCAGGCAACUCAUCGAUAUGUCCGACGAGGACCUCUUCGGAGCCCUGCCCCAGAACUUCGACGGCGAAUUGAUAAGAUAUAAACGAAUUAGGCGUAGUAAUAAAAAAAGGUGAUUUUAUUGUUUUACUCAUUUUUAAAUGUUUUGGUAAUAAGCCUUAAAAUGUAGCCCCA